CUCUCCUUUCUUUCAAUCAAACCAAAACCUCUCUCUCUCUCUCUCUCUCUCUCUCCCCUCCAUAUCGGACAACCUCUCAAACAAAAUUAAACCUCGAGUUUUCCCGAGAAAGCAUUUCUAAUUUUCUUUGUUCAGAACUCAAAAAAAAACGAUUGGAACCUAAAACUUGUCGUGCCUAAUUUUAUCUGUUUGGUGUCUAAUAUUGUUCUCUUACAAAAGUCACACCACAUUCUCCGUUGUCUCUCUGGGCCCAUUCUUCACGUAUCAGCCCCGAAGACUGUUUACUUCGCACAUCACCGGAGAGAGAGAGACUCCGUUGGUGCCUGCGUUUUGAACCGGUCUUAACCAUUUGAUCUUGAAGAAAAAUUUGAGUUUUUUUUAUUUUUUUUUUGUAAAAUUCUCCUUUUUUACUCCGACCAAACUGAAAUUAUGAACUCGAGGUUACGUUACGAUCCUCAACAGAUCUCAAGGCGCACACAACCGUCUGACACUCCGUCGUCAUCUCCGUCUCAAAGCUACCGGAGACACCCUCUCCUCCAGAGAAGCCUCUCCUCUCCUUCUCCCACGGCGGCAGCCACCUGCGGCGGAUCCACUCCCGCCGAGUUCUGCGGCGGCACGACGGCGAGCUGCGCCGCCGUGUGCUGCUGCUGUCCCUGCGGUCUCGUCAACCUCCUCGUCCUCGCGAUCUACAAAGUUCCCCGGGGUAUCUGCCGCCGCGCCCUGCGCAUCCGCCGCCGCAAGCAGCUCGUCAAGAGCAGGAUCUUUCCUCCGCUUCCGGCGGACGGGAGAGUGUUCCAGAACUCCGAGUUCGCGGUCCAUCCGGUGGAUAGCAACGACGUCUCCGACGAGGACGACGAAGAUGAUUUCUUGGAUCUCAAAUACUUCGGCAAACCGGCGGCGGCGGCGGCGACGGAGCUCGCGGCGGAUGAAGAAGACGACGAGGCGGUGUUGGCGUUGGAGAAGGAGAUGUGGAACAGGUUCUAUGGUGCUGGUUUCUGGAGAAGUCCGUCGCAGAGGGAAUCGGUGUCUGAGAAGUCUCCGAGAGUUUCGAAGUCUUUUUCGUUGUAGCCGAGGCUGUUGUCGUUCGCUGAAGCAUCAUAACUGAAAACAACGAGCAGAGGCGGGGGAAGAGGAGUUUUAUAAAAGAUUUGUUAAUAGUGUUUCUUGUUUUCUUGAUGGUGUUGUGCAUUUGUUGGAUCGAUCUUUGGUGUGAGGGUUCUUAUUUUCAAAUGUUAAUGGGAUUUUGUGAUCAUCAAAGAUGAAAAUUUCGAAUCUGAAAUCAUGUGGUACGAUGUGUUUGUUGGUUCA